GUUCGAUCACGAGUUCGUCCCAUUCUCGACGGCCCGGGCCAAUGGCUAUCACUGCCUGACUGUCAUCUGCUGAUCGACGGGUAGUAUAUAGCCUUUACACUAUCAUCCAACUUACAGUUGCUUUCGCCCCCCCCCCCACCCCAAUGCGCGCGUAUUACUUUGACAAUCUCCCUGGUGACCAACGUCUUCCCCAUGAUUCCGCUCGUCCAGUGUCUUUAGACGCUCUGAAAUCUUUGAAUCUCCUGUAUAUGAACAUCCCUGUGGAUGGUUAUGAAGAAAGGAUCGCAACUGUUGCAGAGGAAGGGGAUUACAAGAACCAUGAUAUUAUCAGCAUCUCCAAAGAAGGUUUGGGCGAUCUAUACGAUGCCAAGAUUAAGGCCUUCUACGAAGAACAUAUGCAUGAAGACGACGAACUUCGCUACCUUCUUGCCGGAAGCGGCUACUUCGACAUACGCGGUGCGCCUGUUUCCGAAACUCUGGAUUCUGUUCUGAAGUGUUUUAUGCAUUUUGCAGAAGCACCGACGGAUUCCUGGAUUCGCUUGGCACUGACGGCAGGAGACCUCAUCGCUCUGCCUGCUGGGAUAUAUCACCGCUUCACUCUAGACACCAGCGACAACGUGAGAACUGUUCGACUGUUCAAAGAUGUUCCCAAAUGGACCGCUCUUAACCGUGGCCCGGAGACUGAAAACCACCCUAUUCGCAUCGCUUAUUUAAAGAGCCUGGGGACAGUCACGACUGUUUAGUGCGGGAGCUAUGGGACUAUACUGCUGCAAUUGUGUCUC